GUCGCGUUUACGAAUCAACGACUUAUGUACAAAAAAAUCCCAAAGCAUAGAGGAGAACAAGAGGGGGGGACACUUCACCUUACAUUUCGUGCCACGAUUAUCUAAUUAGUAAUUACAACCAUCGUCUUCCUCGGUUUGCCCUCCAAAGUUUACAGAGAGAGAAAUGGCAAGCCCUAUCGCCCCGCCCCGAGAUCCGGACCCGGAUAAUCCAGGCAUACACCACCUUCCCUCAGCUCUAAUCGCCACCAUCAUGAUAAAGCUCGACGUCGCCUCCAUCCUAUCCCUUGCCUCCACGUGUACGGCCUUCCGCUCCUGCGCUCUUCACAUCCUGUCUUUCCUCCCCAACUUCCAUCUUCCUGAUGUUGCGCCGUCGAUGAAUUUAUUGAGGCCUUUGCUGCCUCCGAACAACCCUUACUUGAGGAGUCUGAAGGUGGAUUGCACGCGCCUCGACGAUUCUUCCCUGGAUUUUCUCAUUCGCCCCUCUUUGCAAGAGCUGUGCCUUCGGAAUUGCGCAGAUUUUAGCGGCAAGCUUCUGUCUCAUCUUGGACAGAGUUGCAAAGAUCUCAGGUUUGUGUACUUGAGUUCAGUUGCAGAGAAAAGAGGGAGAUCAGUUGAUGUAUUACAUCUAGAGGAAUUGCUCACUGGUUGUACUCAGUUGGAAACACUGAUCCUGAUGUUCGAUGUCUCCGUAUUUCUGCGCCAUAAAUUCGCUCGCGUCUGGUCUCUAGCCUCACCAAGUCUCAUUUCUCUUGAAAUUGGGUAUAUUUCGUCGCUUAUGUUGACUGAACUUCUUAGCCCCGCUGUGGGCCCCCAUCAAUCAUCAAAUCACCCCCAACCAUCCAUAUUGCCUAAUUUACAGAAGUUAUGCCUUUCCGUUGACUACAUAACCGACACCAUGAUAAGCACAAUAUCAAAAUAUCUUACCUCCUUGACCCACCUAGAUCUUCGAGAUUCACCUAUAAUGGAACCAAGGAUGGCAUUUGACCUAACCAACAACGGCCUUCAACAAGUCAACGCACAUGGCAAACUGAAACACCUCUGUCUUGUAAGAAGCCAGGAGAUUGCUCCCACGUACUUCAAGCGAGUCAACGAUCUUGGAAUCCUUCUCAUGGCUGAUAAAUGUUCGAAUAUGGAAAGUAUUUGUCUCGGUGGCUUUUGCCAGGUCACAGAUACAGGUUACAAAACAAUUCUUCAUUCUUGCUCCAAGUUAUAUAAGCUCAAGGUUUUUCAUGGUACCCACCUAACCAACCUAGUCUUUCACGACAUUAAUGCGACAUCCCUUUCACUAACACAUGUUAGUCUACGGUGGUGUAAUCUCUUAACGAACUUGGCUGUUGCACACUUGGCAUCAAAUGGGAAUCUUUCCACUCUCGACUUGAGGGAUUGUAGAAACCUCGGAGACUAUUCUCUCCGAGCAAUCAACUCACUUCCUAAGUUAAAGUCUCUUCUUUUGGACGGUUGUGAUAUAACUGACUCGGGAUUGUCGCACUUAAGCAAAGGCUCGAUGAAAACCCUCGUUUCGUUGUCUGUCAAAGGAUGUAAGAAGCUUACAGACAGGUGCAUUUCGUCCCUUUUUGACGGCAAUUCUAAUCAAGAAUUAAGACAAUUAAACCUCUCGAAUCUUCCUAACCUCUCCGAUGGUGCUAUAUUUUUACUCGCAAAGAGUCGAAUUCCAUUAUCCGAGCUUCGUUUGAGGCAAUGCCCUCUAAUCGGAGAUACUUCUGUCAUGGCGUUAGCUUCAAUGCAGAUCGAUGAGAAUGUGUGGUGUGGUAGUAGCUUGAAGGUUUUGGAUAUUUACAAUUGUGGGGGAAUCACUCAAUUGGCUUUUCGAUGGUUAAAGAAGCCAUAUUUUCCGAGAAUGAGGUGGUUGGGGAUAACGGGAUCUUUGAACAGAGACGUGGUCGAUGGUUUGACUAGAAGUAGACCGUAUAUGCACGUUGCUACACGUGGGGAGGAACUAGGAAUGGACCAAUGGGAUAAUUCGGAGGAUAUUUAUUCGCAGGAUUACGAGGAAGUGGAUGAAUUUGAGGAGUGGCUCUUCGAAGGAGAGGAUAUGAGUGAUGAUGACAUGGUUGAUGUUCUUGAUGACGUGGCGGAUCUGUUCGAAUGAUUGUCGUAAGUUUGCUGAAGUCUUUUGUUGUUUAUGUGAUGUAAUAUCAAAUGAUGUUUCGUGUGUUUGUGCACAUUUGUUUUGUGUUAUGUUGUUAAUUUAAUCUUUUGAAUGUUAACUAUUUACUAGGAUACUAUGUUGCAUCAUGAAUGUACAUAUUAGUUGUUGUGGUAUGUAGUGUUAAUUUAUAUUUGGCCUUUCACUUUAGUAAAUUUGUAUCUCUGCAGCAGUACUGUGUUUUCAGCCUCUUCGUGAAAUAUACAUAAUUUGUUUAUGUUA